UUCUGACAGCAGAAGUCGGACAGUAAAUACAGACGUACUCUUGCGUCACGUCACUUCCGUAAUAAACAUCGCCGAUACUGAGAGGAGAGUAUGCGGUAACGGCUCAUCUGCUACUUGAAAUCCUUAUCACACUCUGAAGAAAAGAAUCAGUGUAUCUCCUUCCAAAAUGAGCCGGGACGUCCCUAUCCACAGCUGGCCCGGCUCCUAUUACAUCAACAGUGAGAAGCGAUGGGAAAAUGGCACCCUCUCCCUCACCAGGACCAUGGUGCGCUUCGUCUCCAGCCAGAGUAAGGAGAGCCUUGCCAGCUUCCGCCUCUCCAGGAUCAUGGAGAUCAAGAUGGAGUCGUCCAGUUUCAUCUUCAGCACUCUCACAGUGCUUGAAGAGGGCAACGUAAAACACUGGUUUGGCUCCCUUAAGCCCAACAGGGUGGUGGUUUAUAAUGUGUUAGAGCAUUUCUGGAGAGAACGCCUUUUGUCCCCCAGCUCAGAGGCCCGGGGGGCUGAAUGUCAACCCUCUAAAGGCAGAGAGUUGAUCAACCUGGUGGCAGGGGCCCAGAGAAGACUGGAGGACACCGGCAUAGUCAUCAGCCACCAAGGAGUGCAGUUUGACAAUAUGAUGCAGGGACUGGAGAAGAUUGACUCCGAUCUGGGCGUUGCUGAUAAAUUUUUGUUAGAGCUAGAGUCUCCCUCCUGGUGGCCUUUUGGUAAACUCCCCUGGAAGACUCAGCAGGAAGCCAAGGCUGAGGACGCUGCAAGAGCUGCUGCUGCUGCAGCUGGCAGAGGUUCCAGUAGAAAUAAGGUGAUCGCAAGCAUCCCAGCUGUAGUGACCAAAGGCAGGGACUCAGAUUUAAAACCUGGAUGCCUGUUGGUGCUGGUGUCCUCACUGGAGGUGCGAGACACAAACUGCCAACUCCUUCACCGUUUCGAACGAAAUGAAAUCGACGAAAUCAGGGUGCAUAGUCCUUAUGAGAUCACUGUUAGACAGCGGUUUAUUGGGAAGCCAGAUAUAUGCUACAGGUUCCUGUCUGCUAAGAUGCCUGAGGCAAUGUCAGUGUUAGAGAUGCAGUACAAAAAGAAGGUGGAGUUCACCCGUGAAUACAGUGCUUUCAAGGCAACUCCAGUUUCAUCUCCGUGUGACACAGAGGGGCCAAACUGGAAUGAAGGUUUGCUGCAGAGGUGCCAAGAGACGGAGCUCCCGCUGGAGGUCCCAGCAGGAGAUCUGUCCCAUUUGCAGGUGCAUGUCCUCCAGCCAUCUGUCAGUCAGGCUGAGGCCCAGGAACUCAAACAGAUGCUGAUGCAGCUGAAGAACCUUGCCCUGGAGGCAGAGACAGAGUUGGAACGGCAGGAUGAAGUUCUGGACGUCCUGACCAGCUCCACUGACCAAGCCACCAUGCACAUAGAGAAGCACACCUGCCGCAUGAAAAGACUGCUGUAGCUCUGACAGUCCAGCAGACACAUGCGGUCACCAUGUCCCUCCUGAGAAAUGCACUGUAAGCUUCCUCAUUGUCCCCACGGGAUUGGUACAGUGUGAGAACACUGGAAUACAGCAGUAGGGACUUGCAUAUACUCUAAAUGGUUCAUAGGAUUUGUGUUGCAAUUGAUGGAAUAAUUACAUGGAUUCAAGUGUCAUUGAUUUCUGGGAAGUGCAGCAAUGUUCGCUUAACAAGAUCCAAAUCCCCGAAAUUUGCACAUCAGUGAUUAUGACUUUAAAUAAGAACAUACCUAGGUAUUUCUAAACAGUGGUUCUUUCUUUUAGAGAAAUUAAGUGUCUCAUAUGUGGGCUCAUACAUUUCUGUGAUCUUUCUAUGUGACAUAAGUUAAUUAUUUUGUGCAAAUAUAAAUUUGGCAUUUCUGUGCUCUGCUCUCUGAAUGUGCAUCCUGCAGCACUUAGCAGCUGUGGCUAGUAUUGUUAGCAUUGCAUUUGGCUUAGAUGCUAUCGGCUGCACAACUGUCAUUUUGAAAACAUAUUGUUCAAUUUUCAUACUUUUUGGAGUUGCCAUAUUGAAACAAUAUACUUGAUCACCACUUGGGCCAGACUCUGAGGAAAGAAAAGUGUGCUCUAAAAAUUGAACUCACCCAGCACUAAGUUGAGUGCCUGGUAGUGGUGCUUAUGACUUGGCUCAGCUUAUUGAACCCUGUUGGCAAUGUUCCGUGGUGGGAAGUCAGUGAGGGAUCAUAUCCUUGUCGGUGCACUAUGACUCUGAUUGGUCAUGGCACCUCAGUGAGAUUUGGGGGAAUAGCAUGAAUCCCCACUGCGUGUCAUGCCCUCCCAAUGAAGCUGGCAGGUGAAAAAAUAAGCUGAUGACUCCAUGUGUAUCAGAGGGGACACACAGCGGUUUACACCUUCCCCUGGCCCAGUGGGAGACAGCAAUGACAACAACUACAGUGAAGGGCAAAAUGGACAUUAAAUAGUCUUAUUUAUUCUCUCUGCACAAAUAAAAAUAAAAUUAAAAUAAACUGCAUGUUGUUUCCAUAGGUGUCAUUUGCAAGACAGAUGUGUGAAAUAACAAUUUGUGAAAAUUUAUUAAUAAAGAUAAAAUUUUAUCUUGUUGAUGUAAGUUGGGUGAACAGAUUUUCCAAUAAAAUGAUUUGCAAGUAAUAGACUGACAGAUAAAGUUUUCCAGUGGCAGUAAUAUGACAGUAAUAUCUGUGUUUCUGAUGAUGUACUGCUGUUCUUUCCUUUUUACCAUUGCUGUCCUGAUGACUUGUCUUUCUCAGGUCCUAAGUGUCACUUAUCCUUUCUGGACAUGGUUUCCCUGUGGUUUAAUGUUGCAUGUCUCAAUAUUACUGCUUUGCAUUGCAUCAAGUCCCAUCAAUAUCAAUAUAUAGCAGAAGACUGUAAAUGCAACUAAGUUCUGGGUCUCUUGAAAACAACAACAGAACAUAUACAUCAAGUACUCCAUGUUAAGGUCCACAUCUACUGUAUAUGUCUUGCUAAAAAUUGAUACAAUUCUAAAUCUCUAUUAUCUGUAAAUGACUGACAUGUAUUGUAAUUCUCUUUAGUGUGGUGUGUUAUCACUGUGAACUUGCAGUUAGCUGUCAGUUUAACUUGAAAUAUCUGUACCAUCUUUUUAAAAUAAUGAUUUCAGUGCUGUAUAGAAGCUUCUUUUUGCUGAUACCAAAUGUAUCUUGACCCUGGAUACAACUAAACGAUUAGCUCUAAAUAUAAAGGGAAAAGUACACCAGCAUCUUCCCUAUAGCAAACAAAUGAAUAAAUGAAGCCUGUAAUAACAUAUAAUUUGCAAUAAAACGCAAUGAAAAGUCUCAAAAUUA